AUGAAAAAUGGUCAACAGAUCUUGAGAGAUGACAUUAAAAAAUUAGAAUUGAUACAUAAAAGAAUGAAUGAACAGUCCAUAUGGAAAAACUUUAAAAUUGAAUCUCUUUUAUAGGAAAUAAACAAUAGAAUUUAAAUUAUCCUUUAAAUAUUGGAAAGUGAUUAUAAAAGAGAACAAUAAUCCCAGAUUUUCAGAAUUUAAAGCUUGAGUGACAUUAAUACUUAAAUGUUAGAAAAUUUGGAUUCAGAUUUGUUGUACUCUUUCUAACUUGAAGAUAUGUGCAAAGAACAGUAAGUUAACUAAUUACAGGGAUUUAAUAACAAAUAAAUUGAUGACUAAGAAUAUAUAACUAGACCAUAAACUGAAAGGAUUUAGAAGAAAACUCUAUAAACUUAAAGUCUCCCGAAUCAAGACAAAAAAAUAAUAUCCUUCCAAAAUUUCGCAGAUCAUCAACAAAGGAAAGUUGAUAACACUUAAUAGAUUAAUGAAAAAGGCUAUAAUUAAAAAGAGAUUUAGAAGAAUUAAGAAAUAGAAUAAAAAUCUUAAACUCAAAAAUAGAAUAAGUAAUUUCAAUAACCUGAUUAAUAAAAAGGGAUUAAUAUUGCUUAAAUUAAUAAUUCAAAAAUAUAAUAAUAAUAGCAAUAAUAAUAAUAAUAAUAAUAAUAAUAAUAAUAAUAAUAAUAAUAAUAAUAUAAACAUAAUAAUUUACCCAAUACAUUUAAAAUGAAAGAAAAUAUGAAUAAAUUUAAAAUGACCAUUGUUCCUUAAGCUCAAGCAAUUGGUAACAUCGACAAAUGCCCCAUCUGCCAAGAUUAAUUUUUUUCUGGUAUUGGUGCAUAAGAUGAAUAUGUGAUAUCACUGAGUUGUUCUCACCAAUUCCAUUAUAAUUGUUUAGAACCUAUCUUAAAUCAUGAUCAUAUUAAGUGCCCUAUUUGUAAUAAAAUAUUUGGUAAAAUGAUAGGAGAUUAACCUGAUGGAGAAAUGACUGUAUUAAAAAUCAAGAAAAUAUGUCCAGGAUAUAAUUCUGAUUCAAUAUAAAUUACAUACAACCUUUGGUCAGGAAGGAGAAAUGGUAAAGAUUAUUAAGGAGCUACGAGAAUUGCUUAUUUACCGGAUAAUUAGAAGGGAUAAUAGGUCUUAAGUUUACUCAGAAAAGCCUUUGAUUAAAAGUUAACAUUUACAAUAGGGACUUCACUAACAACAGGUUAGGAUAAUUGUAUCAUUUGGAAUGGAAUUCAUCACAAAACUAGUUUAGAUGGUGGCAUAUAAAGGUAUGGAUAUCCAGAUCCUUAGUAUUUGGAUAGAGUCCUUGAUGAGUUGAAGUAGAAAGGCAUUGUUCCUAAUUAAAGUUGA